UCCCAUCCAGAACCAAAGACCCAGCUCACUAGCCCCCUCCGGAAGGUCUAGAAACCUGCUAGUGAUGGCACGCGUCGCUGCCGCUAACCUGCGUGGUCUGGUCGGCAUUGGAGCGGCGGGUCGGCGCCGGGUGACCGCCUCCGUCGUGACGCACCGCGCGACACCCGGCGGGCGCGGGUUCCGGGCCGCGGCCUCAGGCUCUGUGGGCAGGACGACGCCUGAAUCCUCCUCUUCGUCCUCGUCGGCUCUACCACAGUUGCAGCCGCGGCGCGGCUUGGCGACGAGACGAGCGGUGCUGCGUGACUUGCUUAGCGGCGGCUUCGAGAGUGAGGAUGGUAAUCUGAGCUGUGGAUAUUCAAGUUUUAAGGGGAGGAGACCUACUAUGGAGGAUCGCUACGACGUAAAGUUCGCUAAAAUUAAGGGACAGACAGUUAGCCUGUUUGGUGUAUUUGAUGGUCAUGCAGGAGCACUUGCUGCUGAAUAUCUAAAGGAACAUCUGCUUGACAACCUUAUCGAGCAUCCUCAGUUCCUGAGAAACCCAAAGCUUGCUCUAAAGACGGCCUUCCUGAAAAGUGAUGCUGAUUUCUUAGAAUCGGUAACCACUCCUUAUAGGGAGGAUGGUUCGACAGCUUUGGCUGCUGUUUUGGUUGGUGAACAGCUUUAUGUAGCAAAUGUUGGCGAUUCACGUGCUAUCGCUUUAAAAGGUGGCAAAGCUAUCCCACUCUCAGAUGACCAUAGACCUAACUUAAAGGAUGAGCGAACGAGAAUUGAGAAUGCUGGAGGUGGCGUUAGUUAUGAUGGUUUUACUUGGAGGGUUGAUGGAAUUCUGGCAAUGUCCCGUGCAUUUGGCAACCGUGGAUUGAAGAAUUAUGUGAUAGCAGAGCCUGACAUUCAGACUCAAAUAUCCAUUUCCAUGCAAUUGAGGAAUAAUGAAUUCCCACUUUAUGGACCAUCAACCUGAGAAGAAAGGACGAAUGCCCACUUCACAGACCAUUGACCUGAAUUCAAAUGGAUUUUCCGCAGUCCUUCAUAAACUGCAAUUUCAGUCUGUCUAAUAAAAUUAUGUCGUUUACUGAUUGAUCAUGUUAGAAAAUAUGGGGAUGGUGGCACCUUUAAUCACCUGUGAUCUGGACCAUUGCUUGCUGGAUCAAACAGUUGGAAUUUUAUAAUUGUCCUGUAGAUAGAUAAUUGCCCGUGCGUCACAACAGGUAUAAAUAUUAUAGUAUGUUAGCCUGCAAUUCACCUGCCCGUAUUAAUGUGAUUGUGUAAGGAAAUAUGAUUUUAUUUGGUAAAUACGUAUUGGUAGCACUUAUUGGCUUACCUAAGAAAUCCGAAUUUUAUUUGGGAAGUUAAUAAAAGGUGGGGCAGUUAAGGUGGUUUUUAGGGAAAACCGAUUGAAAGAAACAGAGAUAGGAGGGGGGAAAUCAAAACGGAAAGGGGGAGGGGAGGACGUAAGUAAGGUUGGACCAAAGAUGAGGUGGACGACAGAAUGUUACGUUUUUUUAAGUAGGAGAGAUUUAUUGGAUGAUGGUAGUAGAUUCUUGUUGCAACCUUGACUCCAGUCCUGAAAGCUGUAACUUUAACUUGGGUAUCUAUAUGGGUCUUCCAACUGGAAGUAGAAUAAUCUAGGCUACUUGCGAAACCAAAAGAAAUCAUGUAUGCCAAUAUUUUUAUCAUCCUUCACAUGUUUAUCUGAUAUUCUUAUGGAUGGAUAUUUUCACAUCCUAGUGAGAGACACUCACGUUCACGUCUAUUGCUGUCUGCAGCAAGAACUCAUUUCAGUGAUGCAAGAUAUGAUGUUGUGGUUUUAUCUUAUAGGCAGCAUUCUUUUGUAGAAUUUUUCACAUUUCCUCCUUAAUUUUAGGAGUUUGUGAGGCGGGAGGAAGACUACAUUAAUUUGUCUCUGAGAGAGGAUUCUUUUCCUGGUAUUUUGAGUGGGAAGUGAAAGAGGUGUUGUAUGAAAUGGAGAUGUGAUUUUUUUUCAGGGAAACGAAGAUGGGAGGUUAAGCCCUGUUCUAGUAGUAAUAGAUAAUAUUGCUACGAUUACAUAACAGGGCAUGUUUAACAUCCUUUUUUGGGUGUAACUAUCAUAUGCGGCUCCUUGGCAAGCCUUCAGGAUUUUGCUAUUGAUGUACUCCCUCCGUUCCUAAAUAUUUGUCUUUCUAGAUAUUUCAACCAAGUAACUACAUACGGAGCGAAAUGAGUGAAUCUACACUCUAAAAUAUGUCUAUAUACAUCCGUA